GGAGAGCACGUUGAGUUUUGGUUCAAAAACUUUUCGUAUUUAUAAGUAAAUGUUUUGUCGGUGUUUGUUCUGUGCCUUAUGUAUGCAGAGUAUUUUGUGUUCUAUAAACCAUAACUUGGGCUGUUGUCUACAAAUCGUAGAUGUGAUAGUACUGUAACGUCUGAAUUUACCACAGCUUAGCUGUUUUGACUCUUCUAAGUCAUAAACGGAAAAAAAAAUACACUAGGAGUUUGACCCUUUUAAUGUAAAGUGCAACCGUCCACAUAGUCAGAAACUCCUUUGUAAGGCAGAUGGAAGAAUUCAGCUGUAAGAUCGUUUUAGUUGGGGAUAGUCGCUGUGGAAAAACUGCUCUAAUCCACCGGUUUACUAGAGAUAACUUCCUAGAGUUGUAUACUCCAACUGGAUUCGAACGCUACACCACAAAUUACGAGGUUGGAGAUUAUAUAAUACAUUUCACAGUCUGGGACACAUCAGGUGCUCACGCUUAUAAUACUGUGCGCCCUCUAGCGUUUAAAGAUGCCAACGUCUUUUUCUUGUGUUUCCUCAUCAGUGAGCCAGACUCUCUAGAAAACACGGUGUACCGAUGGUAUCCAGAGGUCAGAGAUCAUUGUCCUAAUGUACCGGUUCUCUUAUGUGGCUGUCAAAGUGACCUUCGUACGGACAGUGACACUUUAACCCUGCUAGCCAAAUUGAAAAAGACCCCUGUAAGCUCAGAACAGGCAUUAGCAGUUUCCAGGCAGAUUGGUGCCACCACAUACGUGGAAACAUCAUCCAAACUCAGUGGACGGAGCGUGAGAGACGCUUUUGAGGUGGCAGCACUCGCGGCACUGGGCAAACUCAACAAAAACCACGUGACUGUUCCACGUCACGUUACCUUUGUUAAGUCCAAAUACAAGUCUAAGCUUGACUUAAAGGAUGACUUCCGGGAUCGAGCAAAAAACUGUAUAGUGAUGUGAGAACGAUAUCUGUAUUGUUUAAAUGUAGUGCUAGUCACGUGAUCUGUCAUGCUUGGUUGCUGAAUUUGUCACUUGAUUCUCAAGGCAAAAGCAUAUUGCGCGGAGUUGUCCCAAGUCAAUCGUCCUGUACGGAAUGCCUUUAGUAUCUAUCAGUGUGGCGUAUGAAGUUUAAAAUUACUAAUUACUGGAAUGAAUAAUAACGUAACUAGGCAACAACCGUUCCAAAUAUGGAAAUACUAAAAAAACAAAAAACAACGUGAUUGAAAGUUUGAAGUAAAAAAAAAAUCAAUAAUUUAGCUUUCUAAUGGCGUAACUCCAAAGUAAAGCCUAACAUGGAGAAUAUCGCAGGCAGUUAGGAAUGAAACCAUCAUGUUUUCAGACGACAUGGAUAAACACGAUUUACACACUUGUGAGUGGAGCAAGAAGCAAUGUAGCGUAAUAUAAUUACGAUAAUAAUAUACGUAAUGAGAGACGUAUACAAAAGUAUAUGUAUAGUAGUUCUUUUUUUAGGUACGUUGUGUAAAUUUUUAGGCGUAUUAAAGAAGACGUAAUAAUGUGGAAAUGAUUUAGUUAAGUAUACACAAGUGAAACGUACUAACAUUGAAAGAAUUUUGGCGCAUGACACACUGUAUAAAACUGUUUUACUUCAAUUGUUUAAAUGAAAGUUUUCUUUUUAAAGCUGUCUGCAUAAUAUAAAGUCACUUGGCAUUGAUUUUUUAUCGAACUAUAAAUACAAAAGUAACUGUGGUAUGAAAUAGAUUUUAGUAAACCACUCCAAACUGCUAAAGCUUCUAUGUCAUUUCUAUGUUGUCCUGUAUAACAGCAAUUUGGUAAGUUAUAUAUCAAGUGAAGAGAGGAUACAUCUCAAUAUAGAAUCGUUGAAUUUAACAAAGAUUAUCAAACUACUUUGUAACCAAUUUAAUAGAGAUAAAUUGGUUAGAUUUGCAGUACAGUUGGAUUUAUUUUUUAUGGGGUUAUUUGUAUUUAUGUACUAUGGAAUAAUGAUGCUGUUAAUGACAACUGUUUAAUACUCUCUCUUUUUUUUCAUAUUCACGGUGUUUUUAUUACCCUGGUUUCAUUGUCUAAAACCUGUAUUAAACACGUUCGGAAAAGUGAUCCUGAUGCUUUCUAAAAUAUGAAAUAUAUAUGCAAUAUGGAUCACCAGAAAAUCGUUGCACAAUUAUUCUACAGUUUUGAGUUAUUUGUCAACUAUCACAUUUGUGAAAAUUAUGUAACUACAUUUUUGAUGUCAUAGAAACAAAAGUCCAGGUUUGUGUGUGUGUGUGUGUGUGUAAAUUUAUAUCAAAGUGCUACCGCGACUUCAAAACCUAUGCGAUUUGUAAGAAAUUAAAAUUGAUUCUUACAAAACACCUCUAAACAUAAUAUCUAAAAAAAGUAAUAAACGUUUUUUUAUCUGUUUCAAAAUUUUUCCAGUAGGUGGCGAUAUAUCAAACAUUCAAUUUGCAGUAUAAUUUUGCCUGUAGGUGACUUCAUGUCAGUUUUCUAAAGAAGGGUAAUAUAUGCUUACUCAUAGAUUAUCACAUUCGGGCAGUCAGAUUAAUUAAAUAUUAUUUUGCAUUGAUUGCUUCUAUUCACAGAACAAUAAUACUAGCAACUAAUAAUGGAUUAAUGAGCAAACAGUGAAACUUACUUAUCUAAAAUGUUCUGUGUUUGUUAAUAUAUUAUCUGAAUUUCUUACAAAUUACAGGUGUAGUGGAUUGUUUUAUGCUAACAAGAUUUCACGUUAUUGAUUAAUAUAAAAACUAAUUGCUUAGAUACUAACUAAGUGUCAUGGUUAAGAUAUAUAUAAAUAUAUAUAUAUAGAGAGAGAGGGUAUUAUUAAAACUUUUUAAGAGAAAAGUCAAAAGAAACAGAAAGUAAUAAGUAUUUUAAAGUGACUAUUUUUUCGGUUUUUAAUGUUCUAACCCUAUCGUUGAAAUCGUGUAUAUUUCUAUUUACAUCUCCCAUGCUAGUGUAUAAUAAAUUAUAUGAGUUGUUUAUUACUUAGAUGCAAAAUAAUGUUACAUAAAAUGUGCUUCAAGAUGAAAAUAACUUGUAAAAAUGCUGCUUACUGUUGUGAGUAAAUGAUUGCUUAUAAUUUGUAAUUGCUUAUCUAAAAACCAAAAUGGAAACAUAGUGCUUUCUUUUGUAAAUCAUGGAAUGCCUGACUGUAUCAUUGUUAUGAAAAAGAUUUUGUAAGAACUUGGGAAGAUGCUU